AACUUUUUUUCAUUCUGUGGAAUUCCGACUGUCCAUUAACUUGUGCUGCGUGUAUUUAUAAAAAUCAGUAAUCACAAACAAUUAUUAGUUUACUCAUAAACUGUGAAUGUGAAGUUUAGCUGGCGAUUUCUAAUCACAAACUGUUAUUUGUUUGCAUUUAAGUUUCAGUUAUCAGUAAUCACAUGAUCUAGACAGUGUGUAAACUUGAACAGUGUUAGAAUAUUUUAUAACGUGGAAUAAUAACAAUAAAGUGCUUGAAUUUUUAUAGUCACUUGUGCAACAAAAGCUAAAUUCAAAAUGCAGAGUAAAUAUGUUUUUAUAUUGUCAUUUCUCAGUGCAGUGUCCAUAGUUUACGCUUGCAAUGAAGCGAUAUGUGCCAGUGUAGUUUCGAAGUGCAUGUUAACACAGUCUUGCAAAUGUGAUCUGAAGGACUGUUCGUGUUGCAAGGACUGCUUCAACUGUCUGAGUUACUUGUAUAGCGAAUGCUGCAGUUGUGUUGACAUGUGUCCUAAGCCCAAUGACACACAAACAGAGCUGUCCAAGUCGUCAUACGUUGAAGAGUUGCCUGACAAUGUUCCUGGACUGUUCACCGCUUUGACCAGCGAUCCUGAUCCACAACAAAGAUGGCUGUCCAUCACAUAUCCUGUGGACAUUGAUCUGUCGGCCUACAGACCAACUCCUGAGAGACAGCUGGUGUACCAUUUACAGAGCGUGGAACAAGAGUCCGAGCCCGUCAGCCGCGACAUAGUGACAUUCAACUGCACGGUCGCCUACAUGUCGCAGUGCAUGUCGUGCGACAAGUGUCGCGCCUCCUGCCGCUCCAUGGGCUCCAACAGCUUCAGAUGGUUCCAUGACGGAUGCUGCGAGUGCGUCGGUGACAAGUGUCUCUACUAUGGCAUCAAUGAGAGCAGAUGUCUGGCAUGCCCCGGCGGUAAGGAGACGCCAGAGGGCGCCAUCACCGACGAUCUGUCGUACGACGACCUCGACUACGGGGAGGAGGUCGACGCGCAGUCCGUGUAACACUACUUUUUCAAACUACCGUCAUUUUCAAAUGUCAAAUUUUUUAAACUACCUUCAUUUUCAAACGUCACAUCUUUUUUGAAAAAUACCUUUACAUUCAUACAAUUACGUUAUAAUUUGAUGUUACUAAGGAUUCAGCAGUAAAAUGCAUGCUAAAAAUCAUUUUACAAAAAUAAUCUGCUCAAUUAUUGUGUGGACAUGGUUCAUGCCAAUGUUUUUGGGAGAAUCAAAUUUUAAAGUCAAAUUGUGUCUAAUCAGUAGGAAUAAAUACAAAUAAAUAGGAAACAAAAAAACCGGCCGAGUGCGAGUCGACUCGUGUACGAAGGGUUCCGUACCAUUAUCUAUAACAAAAAUUUUAAUAAUAAAAAAUUCAACCGACUUCCAACUCAAAAAUUAAACUGAACUAAAAAGCAAAAAAUAACAUCUUACCUAUGUGCGCUAUACCUUCUGAUCAGUUAAAUAAUCAAAGUUAAAUAGUCAAACUGAUCAAGCUAUUCUGAUCAGUUUGAAGGCGGCGCCAAUCCAGUGUCGUGUUUUAAGUCAAGCCGUUUAAAUUACAAAAUUUUUGUGGUUCUUUCAGAAACGACUUGAAUUAAAACACGACACUGGAUUAUCUUAGUAAUAGGGUUCCGAUUUAACUUUUGAGUACAGAACCCUAAAAGUUCCCUACAUUCAGAUGUUAUGUCAUAGGUUUAUUUACAAUAUAAGUCCAACUUUAUUAACAAUAUAAGUAAAAAAUAAUUAUAGAAUAAUAUUACAUAAUAUUUUAUAAUACUUAUGUAUGUGCCUUUACAGUGAAAUAAUCCAGUGUUGAAAAUAUUUUUAAGCUAAUUAGAUGAAGACUGUAGUUAAGCCAAAUUUUUUAAUGAAACGAUUUUUUAAAUGUUAUAUUAUGUAAUAAUUAAUGUUUCCAUUAUAUUAUUACUUCAUAGAUUAUUAAUUACCUAUUUCGAUGUACUCAUGGUAUUGGAUUUCAUGGAUCUUUUAUGUGCUUUAAUUUUUUAUUUAUUGUAAUCGUGAUUCGAAAACAUUGGUAUUUCUUAAAAGUCUUAAUUCUAUGGUCCCUCGUCUCCAUUAUUUGCAGGCUCAAUCGAACUAGAACGCAGAGCCAUAAAGCUAGUUUAUAAAAAGAAGAUUAUUUGUACAAAAUACUCAAAAUAAAUACAAUCAAUAAGUCAUUGAAUGUACUAAAUUUCUGUAUGGUACCUAUAUAUUUUACAACAAUAUUAUUUAUGUUUGUAUCAUCCAGCUGGCAAAUUCACUAUUUUGGUAUUUAUUACCAACUUAUUAAAAUAACCACCAAAUCAAUUGAUAAAAUGUUAUUUACCUACUGUAUGAUAUCCACCAGUAAUGACAAUCGUUACAUAAAAUCUCAAUACGUCAAAGAUAGUGAAUAGGCCUGCAGGUAUUUUCUCAAUAUAAACACAUAAUUACUUUUCAAGAUGGCUGCACCAUAGAUCUUCGAAUCCGUUUGUUUUGUACUGUCCGUCCUUGUGAAAUUAUUUUUAGUUAGUUUUAAUUUAGUAAUAUGUAUUGUCGAUCAUGAAAUUUGUAUAUCUACUUCACAUGCGAAAGCUAAUAUAGCAGCUAAUGAACUGUUUGCCUAAUACAGCAAAAAUAGGUAAAAACCCUAUUUUUUACACAAUAAAAAAGAAUUUAUCCCUUCAAAAAUAUCACAAAUCAUUUAUUUUUAUGUUGCAGUGACAAUGAUAGUAUUUGUUUAUUUUUUACAAAAUUUGUGAAUCUUUUAAAACCAUUUUUCAUAAAUAUUUCAUAGCUGACAAAAUAUAUAGUCCAGUUUCACCUCCUUCUGUGACGCUAACAUGCGACCAAGUGAAGAGAAACAGACAAAAUAUUUUCCAAUGGCGGCAGAGUUGUCCCAGUUCUCUCGCUCUCUUUCAUUGCGUUAGUACGAAAGAGAUGCAAUGAAAGAGAGCGUUAUUUCCGGUUGCACUGCCAUUCACAGAACAGACAACGCUAAAAGCUAACGCUUUUAGCAAUAGAAGUAGCAAGGGGGCGUGGCCCGCGUACACCCGGGUGUGCGGAACAACGCAAGCGUGUCCGCGCAUGUACUGGCAGUCUUGUUUUAUUCUGUGACAGAAGGAAUAAAUAAUAUUGAACUAUAAAGUAAGGGUGUCAUAUAUCAUUUUUCACUAAAUAUUAAACAGCCAUUUAGGCCACGCCCCUGGGUACGCUGGUUUCAAUACAAAGAUUUGACACUUUAUAAAUCUAGUUACCUCUUAUAUCUGUGCUGCCAUUGGUUGGAUUUUGUCUAUGCAUGUUAGCGCUACUGAUAAGCGUCAGAUAGUCAAUCCGUAAGUUGUCUGAAAUUGUAAUGUCACUUCUUUGCUUUAAGUUAAAGUUUUUGACGUAUUAGGAAACUUGUCGUUAAAUCGAGUGACGUUAUAAAGAGUUUACAGUAUAUUUUGUUAUAGUACCUGCACAUUGCAAAGUCUUUGCACACACUGUAAUGGGGAUGAUGACUAGGUUUGAAUAUAUUGAUUUUUAUGAUACAUUCGGGUAAAUAGAGUCAAUGUUAACUAAUUUAUACAUAAAAA